AUGCUGCGGCGGCUGAAGUUCCGGGCAUCCAGCACGGACUGGCACGAGUUUUUAGGGUUCCCCACCGGGGGGCCCCCGGUACUGGGCAAGCGGGCCAACCCAUGGGAGGAGCAGGCUGCAGCCCACCAGGUCGAGCGGCGGCGGCAGCUCCAGGCCACGCCCAUGGAGCCCGCAUUGCAGCGGAUGACUGGACGGGCCGAGAUACAGUUCCGCGGGGUGCAGCAGCCCGCCAUCCAGGCCAUCCAGGACAGCGCCAGCCCCGUGGUUGCCAUCAUGCCCACUGGUGGGGGGAAGAGUAUGCUGUUUAUGCUCCCCGCGUUCGUGGCCCCGGGAGGGUGUACCAUUGUGGUGGUCCCAUUGAUUUCACUGCGGGCCGAUUUAAUGCAGCGGUGCCAGCAGCUUGGGAUCCGGUGUGUAUCAUGGGAAAGCCGGCGGCCCCCGGACGAAGCCGCCAUUGUACUGGUCACGCCCGAAUCCAGCGAGGACCCGGAUUUCCACACGUUUUUGAACCGGCAGCGGUGGAUGCGGCGGUUGGACCGGAUUGUGGUGGACGAAUGCCAUAUCAUAUUAAAUUCCCAGAAGGAUUUCCGGCCGGCCAUGGCCCGAUUAGGGCGGUUGGUCAGUGCCCGCACGCAGAUGGUGUUUUUAACGGCCACGCUGCCCCCCAUCAUGGAAGAUAUAUUUUUGCAGCGGAUCAAGCAACCCGCCAGCGCGGUUGGCAUGUACCGGGCCCGGACCAGCCGGGGGAAUGUGGCAUACCGUGUAUGGCGGCCAAUUUUACCCCGCCAGACCCCGCGGGAGCCCCAUCAGUGGUUAGUGAUGCCGGCAGUACUGCAGUACAUCCAGGGUCGGAUCCAGCAAGCGCGGGGGGCCGGGUGA